AUGGUAAAAAACAUCUUACAUAUCGUUUAUUUAACAGGUGGCAUAUCUGACACGUGCUUGGGAUGCAUUUGUAAUGUUGAAUCAGGCUGCCGACCCAUUGGUUGUAACUGGGACGUUAAUUCGUACUCCUGUGGAUAUUUUCAAAUCAAAUACGCUUAUUGGUUGGACUGUGGCCAACCUGGAGAAAGUUGGACUGCAUGUGCCGAUAAUUACAACUGCGCCGCUGGAUGCGUGCGUGCCUACUUGAACCGUUACAUUGGUUAUAGUGGUUGUCCUGCCAACUGCGAGAGUUAUGCAAGAAUCCAUAACGGCGGACCUAAGGGAUGUACAUAUUUUGGUACCAAAAACUACUGGAACCUUAUUCAGCAGCAAGGAUGCACAAAAUACAGCUAAGGCGUUAGCUUGAUUCUAUCUAGUGGCAUCAUACAUUUUCAUGAAAAUAUACAUUUGAACUAAAUAUAUUUAAAUAAAUAUGUUAAAUAUCUAAAGAAA